AUGCCCUAUGGGCUUAGUUCAGCACCUAAUGUAUUCCAGAACUUCAUUUCUUCAGACUUGUCAGACAUUGAGUGGACGCUCCACCUACGUGAUGAAUUGAAGAUGGUUGAUGAGAAGAAACCAGCUCCCAAAAAGGCAGAUAAGGAAGCCUUAAAGAAACCAGCAGCAAAGGGCGCCAAGAAGUGGCAAAGGUCAAGGAAGGAGAGUUACUCCAUCUACAUCUACAAAGUGAUGAAGCAGGUUCAUCCCGACACCGACCUCUCCUCCAAGGCCAUGAGCAUCAUGAACUCGCUCAUGAACGAUAUUUUUGAGCGCAUCACGGGUGAGGCUUGCCGCCUGGCCCAUUACAACAAGCGCAGCACCAUCAGCUCCCGGGUGAUCCAGAUCGCCGUGCGCCUGCUGCUGCCCGGGGAACUGGCCAAGCACGCCGUGUCGGAAGGGACAAAGGCGGUGGCCAAGUACACCAGCUCUAUGUGA